AUGUAUAUUAAACAGAUCAUCAUCCAGGGCUUCAAGAGCUACAAGGACCAAACCGUCAUUGAGCCUUUCUCGCCCAAGACUAAUGUCAUUGUCGGUCGCAAUGGCUCCGGCAAGAGUAAUUUCUUUGCGGCAAUUCGCUUCGUCCUGAGCGAUGCCUACACCCAGAUGAGCCGUGAGGAGCGCCAGGGCCUUCUGCACGAGGGCUCCGGCUCUGCCGUCAUGUCCGCUUACGUCGAGAUUAUUUUCGACAACAGCGACGAUCGCUUCCCUACAGGCAACAAGGAAGUUGUCUUGCGACGCACGAUUGGCUUGAAAAAGGACGAGUACUCUGUCGAUCGCAAAGUAGUCACCAAGACCGACGUCACAAAUCUCUUGGAGGCUGCCGGCUUCUCUCGCUCCAACCCUUACUAUAUCGUCCCGCAGGGUCGCGUCACGGCCUUGACAAACAUGAAAGAAUCAGACCGCCUGAACCUGCUCAAGGAAGUAGCAGGUACACAGGUCUACGAAGCGCGCCGUGCCGAAUCUCUCAAAAUUAUGAACGAAACAAACAACAAGCGCGAAAAGAUCGACGAGCUCCUCGAAUACAUCAAAGAGCGACUAGCCGAGCUUCAAGAAGAAAAGGAAGAGCUGCGUGGUUUCCAGGACAAAGAUCGUGAAAGGCGCUGUCUCGAGUACGCCUAUCAUCACAACGAACAGGUCACUGUUCAAUCUGCGCUUGAGGAUAUCGAUAACGCGCGGCAAGACGGUCUCGAUACCACCGAUACCCGUCGGGCUGAAUUCCUCAAGGGCGAAAAGAAGUUGGCCAAGCUUGAUGCUGAAAUCCACAAACUGCAACGCCAGAUUGAGCUUUUGCAGAUUGAUCGCAACCAGCUCGAAGAGGACCGACGAGAUGGUGCAAAGGCUCUGGCAAAAAUUGAGCUCAAGGUCAAGAAUCUCAAGGAAGGUCAAUCGGCUCACGAACAGGCACGCACUCAACAUGCUUCGGAGCUUCAAUCUGUGCAGAGUGAUAUUGCGACAAAGGAAAACGAGCUCUCCAAGCUGCUUCCCAAAUACAACAAAAAGAAGCAGGAGGAAAACGAAGUGCGCAGGCAGCUUGACGCUGCUGAAGGUACCCGCAGCCGUCUCUUUGCCAAACAGAGCCGCGGGUCCAGAUUCAAGAACAAGUCUGAGCGUGAUGCCUGGUUGAAGCAAGAAAUCAAAGAACUCACCGUUACCACUAGCACACAAAAGGCAAAUCGCUUGGAUGCUGAUGAAGAAGUGCAGCGCGUUCAGCAGAUCAUUGCACAUGGCGAGGAAGAAAUUGCCGAGUUGCGAUCUCGCCUGGCCAACUGGAGCGACGGCAGAACUGGCCACGCCGACGAGGCUGCCGAAGCUAGACACAAACUGGAUCAACUCAACGACGAGCGCAAACAGCUCCGCCGCGAAGAUGACAAGCUCAACUCAGUCAUCUCCAACGCACGACAAGAAAAGGAGCAGGCUGAUAGAGAAAUGUCCCACGCAGUUGAUGGAGCUACUGCUCGUGGCCUUGCGACGAUUAGGCGUUUGAAGCAAGACCAGGACCUCCCCGGUGCCUACGGUACCCUGGCUGACUUGCUCGAAGUCAGCGAGGCAUACCGGCUGCCUGUCGAACAGAUUGCUGGCGCUAGUCUCUUUCACUACGUUGUUGACAAUGCCGACACCGCUACCUAUUUGGCUGACAUCCUGUUCAAGCAGCGCGGUGGACGAGUCACAUUCAUGCCGCUGGCACAGCUCCGACCGCGACAUAUCAACAUGCCAAAGUCGAGCGACGCUGUACCACUCCUGAGCAAAAUCAGCUUUGAUCCCAUGUAUGAGAAGGCGUUUCAGCAGGUAUUUGGCAAGACUGUCGUUUGUCCCAACCUAGCAGUGGCCGCUCAGUACGCACGCAGCCAUGGUGUUGAUGGCAUUACUGUGGAAGGUGAUACGACAAAUAAGCGCGGUGCCAUGACUGGUGGUUACAUUGACCCUAGAAAGUCACGACUCGAAGCUGUUCAUUCUGCAAACAAGUGGCGAAGCGAGUUCGACAACUUGGUGGCGCAGUCUCGCGAUUUAAGAGACCAGAUUGAGCGCAAGGACCAGGAAAUCACAGCUGCCAUGUCAGAGGUGCAGAAGGCAGAGCAAAAGCUUCGACAAGCUGAGGAUGGUUUCGAGCCUUUGAAGCACGAGUUGCGAAACAAGACUGCACACAUUGAGGGUGAAAGAUCUCACCUUGAUUCGGCCAUGAAACGUCGUGAUGCUGUGGAGAAGAACAUGAAUGUUUUCAUGGAAGAGGUUGCAGCCCACGAAGCUGAAAUGGGUACCGAGUUCAAGAAGAGCUUGACUGCUGCCGAAGAGCAGGAGCUCGAGAGUCUGACCUUCACAGCUCAGCAACUGCAGCAACAAUGGAAUGAAAUCAGUAACACCAGACGAGAGCUGGAGCGCAGGAAACAGUUCUUGGAGGUCGACCUUCGCCAGAACCUACAAAUGAAACUUGACCAACUAAGCAGCCAAGCCUUUGAGAACUCCUCCUCGACAGGCACGUCUGGAGGUCUGGGCGAUGCGCAAAAGGAACUGAAGAAGGCACAGGCAACCCUGAAGUCGGUCACCGCUAGCCUGCAGGAAACGGAGCAGCAGAUGGACGCCUUCACGAAACGCGCAGAAGAAAUCAGCGCUGAGCGCGCCCAACGCGAGCAAACGCAAAACGAAAUCUCCACAAGAAUAGAGAAGCAACAGAAGCGCCUGGAGAAGACUCUGCAACGCAAGGCUCUCCUCACCACGCAGGCCGCGGAAUGCGCCAAGAACAUUCGCGAGCUGGGUGUACUGCCCGAGGAGGCCUUUGACAAGUACGAGAACAUGCAAGCGAACGCCAUCACGAACAAGCUCAAGAAGGUCAACGAAGCAUUGAAGAAAUACAAGCACGUCAACAAGAAGGCUUUUGAGCAGUACAGCAACUUUACACAACAGGAGGACCACCUGAUGAAGCGUCGCAAAGAACUGGACGCCUCGCAGGGAUCCAUUGAGGAGCUUGUCGAGCACUUGGAUCGCCGCAAGGACGAGGCCAUUGAGCGCACGUUCAAGCAGGUGUCCAAGGAGUUUGCCACCAUCUUCCAGAAGCUGGUGCCUGCUGGCCACGGUCGUCUUGUCAUCCAGCGCCGGACCGACCGCCGCCAGGACAUCGACGAGUCGGACGAGGAAGCCAGAGGCAGCGUCGAGAACUACAUUGGUGUCGGAAUCAGCGUGUCGUUCAACUCGAAGCACCUGGACGAGCAGCAGCGUAUUCAGCAGCUCAGCGGUGGUCAAAAGAGUCUUUGCGCUCUGUGCCUGAUUUUUGCUCUGCAGCAGACGGAGAGCAGCCCCAUGGUCAUCUUUGACGAGGUCGACGCCAACCUCGACGCGCAGUACCGCACCGCCGUCGCGGCGCUGCUCGAGUCCAUCUCCAACGAGGCUGGCACGCAGUUCAUCUGCACCACGUUCCGUCCCGAGAUUGUGCACACGGCCGACAAGUGUUACGGCGUCACGUUCCACAACAAGACGAGCGGCGUCAACUGCGUGCCCCGCGAGGACGCCCUCAACUUUGUCGAGGGCCAGGCCAAGCCUGCGUAG